AUUAAUAAGCAGCGCCUCCGCCUCCCCACUCUCAGCCCAACAGCCUCUGCCUCUCCGAUCUUCCUUGGCUUUCUUGUAUCAGGGAGAGAUCGCCGAUGGCUAAGUACAUGGAGAUGUUGGAUUUGGGCGUCAGGGUCGCUGCUCGGUUCCACUCGCACUGCCCCCAGACGGCCCGCAUGUACUACAAGCCGCCGCCGCCUCCAGCUAGCACCCCCGCUCAACAGGCCAACGGGGUGCUCCCGGUGGAUGCUCCCCCUCGGUCGCCGGCAGCAGCUUGCCGUCGGAAUGGCGUUGGUUUCAGUUUCGAUGCGGCGGAAGUUAUUCGGGACGCUGUUUUCUGAGGGACGACACGCGAUCAAGCAAAUCUUUUGAUUAACAAUUCUUUAGUUCCUUGCCACGCUUCAUUUUUUUUUCCUUUGAGUUUCUGUCUCAAUAAAAGUUUUGGCCUUGUAUCUGAUCCUUUGUUUGCAUCACAACAUGCAACAAAAGGGAAGAUGGAGAGAAUCUGCUUGUGGAACUCGAUGCCAGCGGAUUACAAUUCAUUACAAUCAUUGAAAUGUUGUAAAAUUUGAUAGUUUUGGAAAUAUUUUAAAGAUUUUAUUAAAGCA